CCCAGUCAGGGCCCCAGCGGAGGUACUUUGCCCGCACCAGCAACACGCGAAGUGACCUGGGUACCCGCCUUCCUCCCUCUCGCUUCGCUUCUUCCCUCCCAUCCUCUUCCUCCUCUCUCUCCUCCUGCUCCAGCCAGCCCGCGCACACCCUCCACAGCCCAUGUCUUUUCUCUGCCCUUGUGCAACUCUGGCGACCGCAUUCCAAGCUGCAUCUUGACCACUGCGCCUGCCGCAGCCCUCGCGGCACCUGAUCACGGGUCCGACUUUGCGUGCCGCUGAUCUGCACGCAGCUCCAGCCUGGCCCUCUGCGCCGACGUUGGACUCUUGCCCGACCGCUCAGUGCCGCCACGACCUCUCGACCGAUAAGAAAACCCACGCUGUACAGCCGCGAUCCGUCUGCGGAUUGGAAGCCUCGCACGACCUGAUACCAUCGCCACCUUGGCAGGGCCAUGGCGGCUACAGCUUCAGCUUCUGCCACCCAGUCACCCGCGGGGCCUGGUGUGGCGGACCUCGAGGACAGCAACGUCUCCAGCCCUCUGAGCGAGGUCGACGACGGCGAUACCAAUGACGGCGAUAUUGAACGUAUGCAUCUCGACUCCCGCGGCGACGAUGGCGACAAUUCCAGCGCCAGCGGCGACGAGCGCCCGGACGCACGCCACGACGGCUCCGACUCUGACAGCGCCCUGUCCGACGCCGCGUCGGACGUCCAUUCCGAUGCCAACGACACCGAGGCGGAGACAGAACGACUGUAUGACACUCCCAAGAACCAGAGACAGAGAGACGUGCUCGUCGAUCAAUUCAACAACGGCCAGGUCUUUGAGCACACGCCGAGCAAGCUCCGCCGGACCACUCGCGCCGCUGGCGAGCACGCCGACGAUGAGUCUGUCUCGGGUGACGAUGCCUCGGUCCCCUCUAGCCACGCUGUAGGAGACGAGUCGCCUGCAAAACCAGCCACAACAAAUAAUACGAGCGUUGACGAGGACGUCAAGCAGGACGCGCACGAGCGCAAGCGCAAGCGCUCUCCUCUCGCCGAUCAAUCUGAGUCGGACCAGCCGCUUAGAAAGCGUACUGGGUCCGUCGCGGCGGGCGACGCAGAUGGUGACGAUGAUUUGCCCAUGAAUGAAGAUGACACACCCUCGGUGAUCCCGCUUAGCGGACAACAGUCUGGGGGCGAGGACGAGGAAAGCGGUCCGCCUUCCCGCCGAGACACAACGGCCGAAGGAGAAGCGCGACCGGCGAAGAAGUCCACGCGUAGCUCUCUUAAGAGAAAAGGCCUUGCUGUGGACGAUGCGACUGGCGAGGUGGACAGCGAUGCUCGCGACGAUCAAGCCGAUGCCACUGCCGGGGACGAAACCGAACAGCCCGAAGACGAACCGGACGCGGAUGUGGACGAGGAAGCAGAUGCCGCAGCCAAAAACAUCGAAGAAAUGGAACGAAAGACUGCCGCCUUCAAAGACUGGACGCAUAUCGAGGAAAUGUUCAGUAUUUUCAGGGAAAGGCUUUAUAAAGAUCGCCUUCGCCGACUCGAGGAGGAAGAGCAGUCCCUCCUGGCCGAUGAACCCACCCAUCCAGAGUACCUCAACAUGAAGAAAUGUAUCGAUGAUCGGCUCAACAAACGAAAGCAAGAGAUCAAGACCGAAUUCGACUACCGCAUGAAAGCACACGAGCGCCGAGCGGUUGCUCAGCGAGCGCAGAUCUGGAGCCAAUUCUACCAGGCUAUUCGUGAAAGGCGGGAGCUGGCACUGGAGAGGCUGAACCAGCAGUGGUACGAAGUCCAGAGCGCCAGGCGCAAAGCGCAUAGCUUGCCCGACUACGGCUUGCUGUUCCCCAAGGACCCGGCGCAGCGAGUAAGGAACGCCGUUGCAUAUAAUACUGAGGUGUCGACGCUUGCUGGCCUAGCCAAGUAUGAGGGCUUCCCCGGGGGCCCCGAGCUCAGAGGCGCAUCGACAGCAGAGGUGGAUGCGGAUUUCAGUGCCAUUGAGGUAGGAGAUUGAGCCCUCGUUGCAACUCUGAAUCUGCAUCUGACCUGGUCCCACAGCAAGUACGACGCAAUCGGCACAGGCCGCCGCCGCCGCCACCCCCAGCGGCGACAGUCCAAACGCGCGAGGAAUACCACCACGGACCCCCAACAUUUAGUCGACUUGGACCCGCGGGCGAGCAGUUCAUUAAGGACACGCCGUGGGCGAACCCAAAUCACUCAGCACAUAAGCAGUAUCAGCCGAACCACGCCCCGCCGGGUUCUCGACCCGAACCUUCGACUGCCGCCGGGCCGACGGUUCAGCCACCCAACGGACCACCGCCUGCCGACGUCAAAGCUGCGUUUGACGGGCAGCCCGCGGCUCGCCGAUCGCCUGCCAUGUCAAGCCGAAUCUCCGAGUCGCCGGAUAUGACACGAAGCAAGCUGAACUCAACCUCUCACCCCAUGAAGCGGGUGGGAAGCAUACCGAACCUCGGCCGGGGUCCGAAAACUGCGGCUGCUUGAUGGACGACUACUCAUGAUUUAUGUCGAUUGGGCUUUAAAGCCUCUUGACUUUUGUUGGCGAUUAGAUUUGUCACGCGGCCAGUACGAGCCAUUGGAGGCCUUGAUACCCCGGAGGAACUGUUGGCUUUCCGCAUUUUGUGCAUUUUGCACACAUCGACUAUGUUGUGCCUGGUCUUGGGCAUCAGGAUGACGGUCAGGUUGGGUUGGAGAACAGGUGGGCACGUGCUUGACCUGACGCACAAGCGGGACAUGAUCAUUGUACGGAAGACAUGGGGCUGCUUGACACGACUUGCCCUUUGUACAAACGGACUGUACCGUGAUUGAGGCGUUACUCGUACAAAUUGUGGGAAAGGGUACAUGCUGGGUAUUGUACAUGAUAUAUGAAAUUUUGAACCGCCUAGGCGGUGAUUGUGAGGAUGGGAGAUGGCAUGAAUGAGG